GUCGUCGGCAAGAUCAAGCAGGGCCGCUUCAUCUGCAACGACAAACGGUGGGAAGGCAUCUCCGAGACGGCGAAGCACUUUGUGCGAAGUCUGCUGCGAAAGGAUCCAUACGAGCGUCUGUCGGCGGCCGAAGCCGCGCAACACGCCUGGCUCAAGAUGGACCAGGUGUCCAAGGCCAGCUGGCCACAGGGAACGCCGGAUGCUGAGUUGGAGUUGCCCAUCAACCGCUGCGUCGUGCGGGACAUGUGGAAGUUCGCUCAGAACAACGCCAUCACCCGGGCGGCCCUGGGCAUCUUCGGAAAGCUCCAGAGCUCGUCGGCCUUUGGAGGGCGCGAGGAGGACAUCACCCUCCUGGAGCAGCGGUUUCGCAGCUUCGACGAGCACAGCAGCGGGAAGAUCUCAGCGGAGACCUUCAUAAAGGUUCUCAAGGAGUCGUUGCAAGUGCAGAUCUCCAGCAGCGAAGAGACAGAGUUUUUCGAUCGCAUCGCCGAUGUGAGCCUCCCUGCCGACGAGGAGGAGGCCCAGGCCGAGGACAUCUCGAGGCACUGCGACCGAUGGACGCGAGAGGUGAACUACAAGGAGUUCAUCCUCAUUACCAAGGCGCAGCGACGGAACAUCACAACGGCGGCUAUCCGAGAAGUGUUUCGAGCUUUCGACGAGAACGGCGACGGGUACAUCAAGGAAGACGAUGCCCACAGUCUGCUCGGUCAGGAGUUCAAAGACACUAUCAGCAGUUAUGUCAACAAGCUGGGCAAGGAUGUGAUCGACUAUCGCGACUUUUCUAAGCUCGUCUCCUUGGAGAUCUCCAAGGCAGAGGACCACAAUCACAGUGAGGAGCCGAAGGCGGACGUUCAGAUC